AUGUCUUUCACUGUCUCCCAGAGGUUGCUCAUAUUUAUGUCCAUUGAGUUGGUGAUGCUAUCUAACCAUCUCAUCCUCUGCCACCUCCUUCUCCUUUUGUAUUCACUCUUUCCCAGCAUCAGGGUCUUUUCCAAUGAGUCGGCUCUUUCCAUCAGGUGGCCAGAGUAUUGGGGCUUCAGCUUCAGUUUCAGCAGUAGUCCUUCUGAUGAAUAUUCAGGGUUGAUUUCCUUUAGGAUUGACUGGUAUCAUCUCCUUGCAGUCCAGCACCACAGUUCAAAAGCCUCGAUUCUUUGGCACUCAGCCUUCUUUAUGGUCCAACUCUCACAUCCAUACAUGACUAUGGGAAAAACCAUAGCUUUGACUCUAUGGACCUUUGUCAGUAAAAUGAUUUCUCAGUACUGCAUGAUAUCAAAACUCAAAAAAUACCCCCCUUCCCAAAUUAUCAAAGAGAGGCCAUUUCUACUUAGUAGGGAAAAAAACAUUCAUAGUGGCUCUGAAAGAACAUUUCCAUGA